AUGUCAUCAUCAGCUACUGCAGUUGCAACUACAGCACCAGCAGUUCAGGUGGUGGACCCUGUAUUGAGCCAGAUCUUCAACGGUUUGAAAUCGCCCAGGGAAGAAGAACGUUCACGAUACGCCCUUGAGCUACGCAAUUACUUGACUUCAAUGGCCCGUGAUUUGCUGUCUGAGCAAUUCAACCGUCUUGACGCCGACAUCAACCGUAAAAUCUUUGAUUUAUUGCAUCUAGAAGAAACGUCACAGAUACUUGGUGGUAUCGCGGCCUUGAACGCCUUGAUUGACUUUGACUCCGGUGUCGGCAAGGAAAACGCCAGUAAGACAGCAAGAUUUUCCAACUACUUAGGUUCAUUGAUUUUAUCAAACGAAUUGAUUAUCAUGAAACAAGCCACGAAAACUUUGGGUAAGUUGUCAACCUUAGGUGGUAACCUCACGGGAGAUUUCGUUGACUAUGAAGCUAAACGUGCCAUUGAAUGGUUGAGCGAUAACACCAAGCAACACGAAAACAGGAGACACGCAGCUAUCUUGAUUGUCACAGCAUUGGCAGACAACGCCCCUACAUUGUUGUACCCUUUGAUUAACGACAUACUAAAGCAUUUGUGGGUACCCAUAAGAGAUCAAAAGUUGAUUAUACGAGAAGAUGCAGCAUUGGCCCUUGAGAAGUGUAUGAUCAUUAUUUAUGACCGUGACGUGAACCUACGCAAUCAUUGGAUCAAACGUAUGAUUGACCAAGCUUCUAAAUUGUUGAAUGAAAAUGAUAUAUCGGACGCCAGCGAUGCCAAUGGAGGGGCCCCGGGAAUUACGGCAGCCACGUAUUUAAUUCCGUCAGCCUCUAGCUCCCAAUCCACGGAAAAUAUCCAUGGUUCAUUACUCAUAUACCGUGAAUUACUCAAGUUCUACCGGGAUCCAUACAUCUUUUCCAAGUUUGACCAAAUGUACGAGAACACUAUCUUGUAUAAGCAUCACAAACUAGCGAUCAUAAGACAAGAAUUGACAAACAUAUUCCCAUUGCUUUGCAAAGUCAAUACCGAGUUAUUCGUGGAGAAGUACCUUCAUAGAACGCUAUAUUACUACUUGUCGCAACUUAAAAAGUACAAGGGCCAACACAGCGAGACCGCCAAUGGUGACAAAAGUGCAAUUUUUAAAAGCAUUGGUUUAUUGGCAUUGGAAGUGGGGAACCAAAUGGCAACGUAUUUAGAUGCAGUGUUGGACAAUAUAAGAGAAGGUUUGUCAUAUGCUUUUAAUGCUGGUGUUCAACUGAUCUUGGCUAAUGCAGUAUCUUCAAAUGAAACUCCCAAUAUCAACUUAACUCCAUCCAGUUCAUUAACCUCAGGAUCAAAGUACACUGUGAGCAGAAGAGAAACAGAACCAGCUAUAUUUGAUUGUAUUGGUAAACUAUCAAUAUCAGUAGGACCGGCAUUGACUAAACAUCUACAACGAGAUAUCUUAGACAUGAUGUUUGCCAAUUGUUCAUUAUCACAACACAUGCAAGAUGUUUUACAGACACUCAUCACAAAUAUACCCACGUUGACAAACCUUAUUAAUGAAAAGUUGCUUAAUCUUUUAAGUUUAGUACUAUCAGGAAAAGGGUUCCAACCUCCUGGGUCGCCAUAUGGAUCAGUCAAGGUCAAUGCAUCGCUCGCAAGAGAUUGCCGUUUGAUUAUGAUUUCUCGUGAUACCGGUCUAAGUAUAAACAAUGUCUUGUUGAACCAAGAACAAUAUGAACGGUUAGACAGUCAGAUUUUAAUUCAAGCAUUACAGAUGUUGGCAUUUUUCCAAUUUGAAAACUAUCAAUUGAACGAGUUUGUAAGAUAUUGCACCAUAACGUAUCUUGAACAUAGCAAUCCUCAAGUCCGGUUAACUGCUACUGUGACAUCAUGUGAGAUUUUCGUCAAGGAUCCAAUCUGUCAGCAAAUCAGCGCCAAUGCGUUGAAUGCCGUUAAUGAAGUUUUGGGGAAAUUGCUUUCCAUUUCAAUCACUGAUCCGACACCAGAGAUCAGACUACAAGGAUUGAAUUGUUUGGCCAAUGCUGGUAACUUUGACCCGCAAUUAUCCCAGGCUGACAAUGUUCGAUUAUUAUUUAUUGCAUUGAAUGAUGAAGAGUUUGCGAUAAGGCAAGUGGCGGUACGAAUCUUGGGAAGGCUAUCAUCAAUAAAUCCAGCAUACAUUGUUCCUUCAUUACGUAAAACGUUGAUACAAUUGUUACAGAGGUUAGAAUAUUCCACCACAAGCAGAAAGAAGGAGGAGAGUGCAAUUUUAUUAUCGUUGCUUAUUGCCAACUCCAAAGAAUUAGCAAGACCAUAUGUUAAACCGAUAGUAGAAGCAUUGAUCACCAAGGCUAAAGAUCCAAGUUCAUCGGUAGCGUCAAGUGCAAUUAAUUGUUUAGGAGAAUUGGCGGUUGUUGGUGGUGAAGAUUUGAAACCAUUCAUCCCAAGCUUAUUACCAUUGAUAUUAGAUACAUUUCAGGAUCAAAGUUCUUCGUAUAAAAGAGACGCGGCAUUGAAAACAUUAGGUCAAUUAGCAUCAUCUUCGGGAUAUGUUAUUCAGCCACUCUUGGAUUAUCCACAAUUGUUGGGAAUGCUUGUAGGAAUUCUCAAGCUGGAAACCUCGCCUAAAAUAAGACGAGAAACAGUAAGGUUAUUGGGUAUUCUCGGUGCACUUGAUCCAUACAAACAUCGUGAAGUUGAACAGAAUUCGCAAAACAUCCCUGCAGAACAAAAUGCCCCUUCAAUCGAUGUAGCUUUGUUGAUGCAAGGAAUGUCACCAUCCAAUGAGGAAUAUUACCCUACAGUAGCUAUAACGAACUUAAUGAAAAUCUUGAAGGAUCCAUCGUUGAACAUCCACCAUACAAAAGUCAUUCAGGCUAUUAUUUACAUAUUUCAAACUUUAGGUUUAAGAUGUGUGUCAUUUUUACCACAGAUCAUCCCAGGAGUUCUCAAUGUCAUGCAUACUUGUCAACAUCCAAUGUUGAAGUUCUACUUUCAACAGUUGGGAGCAAUGAUAUUGAUUGUGAAGCAACAUAUCAGACCAUUCUUGAAUGAUAUAUUUGAGGUUAUAAAGGAGUUCUUCCAUACCCAGCCUAAUACAUUACAAGUAGUUAUCAUAAAUGUGAUUGAAUCCAUUUCUAGAGCAUUGGAAGGUGAGUUCAAGAUGUAUUUGCCAGGAAUUUUAACAUUAUUGCUUGAAGUUUUUGAGGAAGACAAAUCACCCAAGCGUACACCUUCAUCACAUGUGUUGAGAAGUUUUGUCGUGUUUGGAAGUAACAUUGAGGAGUUUAUCGACAUCAUUGUCCCUAAUGUAGUGAAGUUAUUUGAAGUUGGUCCUAUAGAGUUACGAAAAUUGGCAAUAGAAACUAUUGGUAGAUUAUCCAAGAAUGUCAUGUUGAAUGAAAUGGCUUCGCGAGUAAUUCAUCCGCUCUUGCGAGUGCUCAGACAAGGCAAUGAUGAACUUAAGGAAUCAUGCAUUAAUACGUUGAGCUAUUUAUUGAUACAAUUGGGUUCCGAAUUUACAGUGUUUAUUCCUGUCAUCAAGAAAGAAAUCUUGCAACAAAAGAUCCAUGCACCAAAGUUUGAACUGUUGGUUAGUAAAUUGAUUAGUGGAGAUCCCUUGCCGCUUCAUUUGGAUAUCUAUAAGGAUUAUGAUCAAAGUAGUUAUGAUGUUGCUGAUUCAGAUAUGCCUUCUAAGAAGUUGCCGGUUAAUCAGAAUGCGUUAAAGAAUUCGUGGGACGUCAGUCAUAGACGGACCAAAGAGGAUUGGCAAGAAUGGAUUGGAAAAUUGAGUAAAGAAUUAUUAUUGCAAAGUCCUUCCCACGCAAUCAGAGCCUGUGCCGGUCUAGCGUCAGAUUAUUACCCAUUAGCCAAGGAUCUCUUCAAUGCCAGUUUUGCCAGUUGUUGGAGUGAAUUGUAUUCCCAGCACAAGGAAGAAUUGGUGCAAGCAUUCUGUAUUGCCCUUUCAUCACCAAGCAAUCCUCCAGAAAUCCAUCAAAUCUUGUUGAACCUUGCUGAGUUUAUGGAACACGAUGAUAAGUCAUUACCUAUUGCAAUCACCACCCUUGGACAAUAUGCACAGAGAUGCCAUGCAUUUGCAAAGGCAUUACAUUAUAAAGAAUUGGAAUUUUAUGAAGAACCCACGACACCAACUAUUGAGUCGUUGAUUAGUAUAAACAAUCAACUACAACAAUCUGAUGCUGCUAUUGGUAUAUUGAAACAUGCUCAAUUACACCACGAUUUACAACUUAAGGAGACUUGGUAUGAAAAAUUACAAAGAUGGGAUGAUGCAUUGAAUGCCUAUAAUGAGAGGGAAAAGACUGAACCAAACAAUAUGGAAAUAACCAUGGGGAAAAUGAGAUGUUUGCAUGCACUAGGAGAGUGGGAACAACUUUCUGAGUUGGCUCGGACCAAGUGGGAUAGUUCCAGUAGUGAUAUUAAACGGAACGUUGCCCCUCUUGCCGCUGCAUCUGCAUGGGGGUUGGGUCAAUGGGAUAGAAUGGAUUCAUAUAUCAAGGUUAUGAAACCAGAGUCGCCAGAUAAAGCUUUCUUCAAUGCUAUUUUGAGUCUUCAUCGUAAUAAUUUCGAAGAUGCUUCUAAUCACAUCUUAAAGGCGCGUGACUUGUUGGUUACUGAAAUUACUGCUUUGGUUAGUGAAAGUUAUAAUAGAGCUUAUGGUGUUGUUGUUAGAGUGCAAAUGUUAGCGGAAUUGGAAGAAAUCAUCAAGUAUAAGCGCUUGCCACAAGGAUCAGAGAAGCGGGCUAUUAUGCGCAAGACUUGGAACACUAGAUUGUUGGGAUGUCAAAGAAAUGUUGAUAUUUGGCAAAGAAUGUUGAAAGUACGGGCAUUGGUAAUCAAACCUAAACAGGAUAUGGAUAUGUGGAUCAAGUUUGCUAAUCUUUGUCGAAAGUCAGGAAGAUUGAAUUUAGCAGAAAAGUCUUUGAAUUCGUUAUUAGAGGAAGGAUCACCAGAAAACCCUUCACGUGCUCCUCCACAAGUGGUUUAUGCCCAAUUGAAAUAUAUGUGGGCCAAAGGUCAACGACCAGAGGCAUUACGUCAUUUAGUUGAUUUCACCACCAGAAUGUCCCAAGAUCUUGGCUUGAAUCCAAACGAUUUGAUAACUCAACCAUUACCAUCUGAAGGUCCAGGAAUACCCAAGCAUGUUGAAGAAUAUACCAAGUUGUUAGCUAGAUGUUUCUUGAAACAAGGUGAAUGGCAAAUUGCAUUGAAUAACAAUUGGCGUACCGAAACAUCAGAAAUUAUAUUAGGUGCAUAUCUUUUAGCUACUCAUUUUGAUAAUAAGUGGUAUAAAGCAUGGCAUAACUGGGCACUUGCCAACUUUGAAGUUAUUUCAUUAUACACUAGUCAAAAUGCCGGCAACAGUAACAAGAUUGAGAUUGUUGACCAAAAUGAAACCUCAGCCAAUGGUGACGAUGAGCUGCAAGCAAAACAACCUAACCAACCCAAUAUCAUUCCUAUUGAAGCGGUUCAACGACAUGUUAUUCCUUCAAUCAAGGGAUUUUUCCAUUCUAUCGCCUUGUCACAUUCUAAUUCAUUACAAGAUAUGUUGAGAUUACUUACAUUGUGGUUUAAAUUCGGUGGUAUACCAGAAGCUGCCCAAGCCAUGACCGAGGGGUUUAAUAUGGUGAAGAUUGAUAAUUGGUUGGAAGUUAUACCUCAAUUAAUUUCUCGUAUCCACCAACCAAACCAAAUUGUUAGCAGGUCAUUGUUUGGAUUAUUGACAGAUUUAGGUAAAGCACAUCCUCAAGCUUUGGUCUACCCAUUGGCUGUUGCUAUUACAUCCGAAUCUGUCAGCCGUAAGAUUGCUGCACAAUCAAUUAUUGAAAAGAUUAGAUUACAUUCUUCUACCUUGGUAGAUCAAGCUGAAUUGGUCAGUCGUGAGUUAAUUAGAGUUGCAGUUCUUUGGCACGAACAAUGGUAUGAAGGAUUGGAAGAUGCUUCUAGACUAUUCUUUGGUGAACACAAUACUGAAAAGAUGUUUGAAGUUUUAGAACCACUUCAUAGAAUGUUACAAAAGGGACCGGAAACAAUGAGAGAACAGGCAUUUGCCAACGCAUUUGGCAGAGAACUCGCUGAUGCAUACGAAUGGGUUUUGAAUUUCAGAAGAACCAAGGAUAUCACAAACUUGAACCAAGCAUGGGAUAUCUACUACAAUGUUUUCAGAAGAAUUACCAGACAAUUACCACAAUUGGUAAGUCUUGAAUUACAAUUUGUAUCACCCAACUUGGAAAGAGCAUAUGAUUUGGAGUUGGCACUUCCAGGUACUUAUGAAGCCGGGAAGCCCGUGAUUAGAAUCAUUCGAUUUGAUCCAACAUUCUCAGUGAUUUCAUCGAAACAAAGACCAAGAAAGCUUUCUUGUAAGGGAAGUGAUGGUAAGGACUAUCAAUAUGUUUUGAAGGGACAUGAAGAUAUCAGACAAGAUAAUUUGGUUAUGCAAUUGUUUGGAUUGGUAAACACAUUGUUGGUGAAUGAUCCAGAAUGUUUCAAGAGACAUUUGGAUAUCCAACAGUAUCCUGCUAUUCCUUUGUCGCCCAAGGUUGGUUUGUUAGGAUGGGUGCCAAACAGUGACACUUUCCACGUUUUGAUCAAGGGAUAUAGAGAAUCCAGAAGUAUUAUGUUGAAUAUUGAACAUCGUUUAUUACUUCAAAUGGCUCCUGAUUAUGAUAUUUUGACAUUGUUGCAAAAGGUUGAAGUUUUCACUAGUGCUUUAGAUAAUACCAGAGGUCAAGAUUUGUAUAAAGUAUUAUGGCUCAAAUCCAAAUCAUCCGAGGCUUGGUUGGAUCGUCGUACCACUUACACUAGAUCAUUGGCAGUAAUGUCUAUGGUUGGGUAUAUACUUGGUCUAGGUGAUAGACAUCCAUCGAAUUUAAUGUUGGAUAGAAUCACAGGGAAGGUUAUUCAUAUUGAUUUUGGUGAUUGUUUUGAAGCCGCUAUUCUUCGAGAAAAGUAUCCUGAAAAAGUGCCAUUUAGAUUAACAAGGAUGCUUAAUUAUGCCAUGGAAGUAAGUGGUAUUGAAGGGUCAUUCAGAAUCACAUGUGAACAUGUCAUGAGAGUGUUACGAGACAAUAAAGAAUCAUUGAUGGCUAUUUUGGAAGCAUUUGCCUAUGAUCCAUUGAUUAAUUGGGGGUUCGAUUUCCCUACCAAGGCAGUUGCCGAAGCCACUGGUAUUAGAGUGCCUCAAGUGAAUACAGCAGAUUUAUUAAGACGAGGACAAAUUGAUGAUCGUGAGGCAGCAAGAUUACAAAAGCAGAAUGAAAUGGAGAUUAGAAACGCUCGUGCCGCCUUGGUUUUAAAGAGAAUCACUGAUAAAUUAACCGGUAAUGAUAUCAAGAGACUUAGAGGAUUAGAUGUUCCUGCCCAAGUGGAUAAGUUGAUUCAACAAGCUACAAGUGUUGAGAAUUUGUGUCAACAUUAUAUUGGAUGGUGUUCCUUCUGGUAG